AUGACAUUAUCGAACCCGGAUCCUGACGAUGCUGACGGUCUUUGCACAGUUAUCAUUGCUGUGCUGCAGAAAAACCGACGAGAAUUAAAACCGCAGGGCUUGGAUAAUUUGGCAAUUGGUUUUGCAGUCUAUGAGGUUGAUGAAAUUUAUGGUCAUUUGGACCGUAAUUUCUUUGCAACACAUAAGUCAUGUGCAAGAAGCGCUGCUUUCAUCAAUCUCCGUGAGGUUAAUUUACACUUAUUUUAG